AGAUAAGAUCGCACUCGAGUAGAGUUUCUCCUGUUGCUCUUCUUUAUCUCUUACCUAUUUAAAUUCGAAAACCUUAACCGAUGUUUUUGACUUGAGAAAUUAGAAAGAGAAAGACAGAGAGAGGAAAGGAGUGAAGAACAAUGGAAGAAAGUGUGAAAUUGGACAUGUGGGGAUACCAGGUCGCAACUUCUUCGCAGGCCUGCGUUUCAGCCAUCAACUCCUACUAUCAUCAGGUUCUCAUCUAUGGAAGAGAAAGGUCUGUGAUUCUGGAAGCGGUGGCACAUGACAAGCACUGUGUCUUGGCCAACAUCUUGGCAGCACAUUUCCUUUACUCGCAUGAUUAUUCUCGUGCUCUCACUUGCCUGCACGCCGCUGAGUCCCAUCUUGAUCAGGCCACCUUGUACGAGAAACUUGUUUUCGAUACCAUCAGUUAUUUGCUAUCCGAAGAUAGAGACGAGGAUGUAGCUCUUGAAUUGCAUUCCAAUCUUCUAAAGGAGUUCCCAAGAGAUCUGAUUUCUCUAAAGAGAGCACAAGUUUUAUGCUUCUACAUGGGUCUACCUGGUCUUUCUUUGUCUCUUAUUCAACAGGUUCUACCUCAAAAUGAAGGACAAAACUACAUAUAUGGCAUGCUUGCGUUCCCUUUACUCGAGCUUGGGCUUAUGGAGGAGGCUGAGAAAGCUGCGAGUAGGGGAUUUGAGAUCAAUAAGGAAGACAUCUGGUCACAGCAUGCUUUAUGCCAUGUGCUUCAGUACAAGUGUUGUUUUAGAGAAGCUGUUAAGUUCAUGGAAGAAUGUUCAUCAUCGUGGUGUUCUGCUUCAUCUUUCAUGUUGACACACAAUUGGUGGCAUGCGGCCGUUUGUUACUUAGAGGGUAAUGCUCCUACACAAAGAGUAUUAGAGAUAUAUGACAAUUAUAUAUGGAAGGAGCUAAACAAAGAUGAUUCUAUGAAGGCAGAGGUUUACUUAAAUGCUGCUGGUCUGCUUCUGCGGUUGUAUGUACGAGGAGAAUGGGAUAUCUAUGGUGAUCGUCUCAAGUUGCUGGCUGAAUGUCUAACUAAUGAAGCAAACUGGCAUAUAGAGUGGCACUUUGAUGUCUUGAUACUUUGGACUUUGGCAAAGGCUGGAGAAAUUUCUAAAGCAGAAGAUCUUCUAAAGGGCUUAAAAAGCAGGUUUUUGAGGAUGACUAAAAAGAAGCAACAAAGAAUGAAGAGAGGAAUGAUGCUUGCAGAAGCACUUUAUGCGUACGGAAUGGGAGAUGAGAAACAUGGACUGGAUUUACUUGAUCCAGAUUUUGAUGCCACUGAUUAUAAGGUCAUUGGGGCAUCUGAUGAACAAGUGGACGUAUUCAAUGAAGUUUGGUACAACAUGUUGCUGAAUACUGGAAAAGCGUUGAAGGCAAUCGAAGUGCUGGAGAAGCAAAUCAAGAAAAGAGAUGGGGUCCCCUACUUGUGGCGUCUACUAGAGAGGGGAUACAAAUUAGCUAACAAACCAGAAGAAAAAAUUGCGAACGAGAAAGCCACGUCUUUGGAGAAUCGUUACUUUAACUGAGGGAAUAAUCAGAACCGAAUCGUGACAGGUUCUUGUGUAUGUGUAUGUAUAUUCACCAUGCCAAAAUACAAUACUUCAUUGGGUAAAAUAGCAUAAAAAAUUAAGUGAAACAUAAUCCAUAAAAGGCCUCCUUUUACCAUAAAUUCGUGUAUGUCUGGACGUAAAUUAAGAAACUCAAAUACUGUACUUUUAUUCUCAA